CGCUGCCGCCGCCGCCGCCGCCGCGCCGCGGUUUGAGGGCGGGAGGCUGGGGGAGGGUAGCGGAGCCGGCGAGGCCGCCAUGUUGGGUCUGAGGCAGCUGCUGUAGGUGCCGACGGAGCGAGCGGGCGUGCGGAGCGGCGACAGCGGCGUGGGAUCUGCCUCUGCGAGCGGCCCGGAGCGGCGGCGGCGCCAUGAGCGGGGGCACUCCUUACAUCGGCAGCAAGAUCAGCCUCAUUUCUAAGGCGGAGAUCCGCUACGAGGGCAUCCUCUACACCAUCGACACCGAGAACUCCACCGUAGCCCUCGCCAAAGUUCGAUCCUUUGGUACAGAAGACCGGCCAACAGAUCGUCCAAUACCACCUCGAGAUGAAGUCUUUGAAUACAUUAUAUUCCGUGGAAGUGAUAUUAAAGAUCUCACUGUUUGUGAGCCACCAAAACCACAGUGUUCUUUGCCUCAGGACCCAGCUAUUGUUCAGUCUUCAUUAGGUUCAUCUACUUCUUCAUUCCAGUCAGUGAGUUCCUAUGGACCUUUUGGCAGGAUGCCAACAUACAGCCAGUUCAGUCCAAGUUCAUUGGUCGGGCAGCAGUUUGGUGCUGUUGGUGUUGCUGGAAGCUCCUUGACGUCCUUUGGAUCAGAAACGUCAAACAGCGGUACCUUGUCCCAAAGUAGUGCAGUUGGAUCUGCCUUUACGCAGGAUACAAGAUCUAUAAAGACACAGUUAUCUCAAGGUCGUUCAAGCCCUCAGUUAGACCCUUUGAGAAAAAGUCCAACCAUGGAGCAAGCAGUACAGACCGCCUCGGCCCACUUACCUGCUCCAGCACCAGUUGGGAGAAGGAGCCCUGUAUCAACCAGGCCUUUGCCAUCUACCAGCCAAAAAGCAAUAGAGAAUCAAGAGCACAGGCGAGCUGAAGUACACAAAGUUUCAAGGCCAGAAAAUGAGCAACCCAGAAAUGAUAGUAAGAGACAAAUAGUUUCAGGUGCUCCUUCAACACCAAGGAGAGGGCGUGGAGGACAUCGAGGUGGCCGGGGAAGGUUUGGUAUUCGGAGAGAUGGUCCGAUGAAAUUUGAGAAAGACUUUGACUUCGAAAGUGCAAAUGCACAAUUUAACAAAGAGGAGAUUGACAGAGAAUUUCAUAGUAAACUUAAAUUAAAAGAAGAUAAACUUGAGAAACAAGAGAAACCUGUAAAUGGUGAAGAUAAGGGCGACUCUGGAGUUGAUACCCAAAACAGUGAAGGAAAUGCCGAUGAAGAAGACCCUCUUGGCCCUAAUUGCUACUACGACAAAACUAAAUCCUUCUUUGAUAAUAUUUCUUGUGAUGAUAAUAGGGAACGGAGACCAACCUGGGCUGAAGAAAGGCGAUUAAAUGCUGAAACUUUUGGGAUUCCACUCCGUCCAAACCGUGGUCGUGGAGGGUACAGAGGAGGCAGAGGAGGUCUUGGUUUCCGUGGUGGCCGAGGACGUGGUAGUGGCAGAGGUGGUACCUUUAUUACUCCACGGGGAUUUCGUGGUGGAUUCAGAGGAGGUCGUGGUGGAAGAGAGUUUGCAGAUUUUGAAUAUAGGAAAACCACAGCUUUUGGACCCUAAAAGGUCUGGAUUGUCCUACUGCUUUCUGAAAGAAAGACAACAAAGUUGCUGCAUAGUCUUCAAACAAGUCUUUGAAAAUGGGUGAAUUUGUAGCUCUUCAUGGUCCUGAAAAUUGGUUUCAGUCUUUGUGAAGAAUGAAGAAGUGAAUUUGCUGUAUAUUUGUCACCAGCACUGGGUUUUAUUUUUCCAACUAAUUUCAAAGAAACAACAUAGUUACUUUUGGGGGGAGGAAGGCUCAUCUUUAGAAAUGAGCAUUAAAUAUAUUUGGAAUAGCAGAAGGUUAAGUAAUUUCUUAUG